AUGUUCUAUUUCAAUCAUAUUUUCUCGUUUAUUGAUUUUCUUCAUUCAGAAGAAUGAAUAUUAGUUAUCUUUUAAAUGUAAGAAAGAGUGACUUAAAAUGAGGAACAGAUCCAAUUUUAUUUAUAUAUAUUGUAUUUUUGGAAAGAUUGUCCUCUAUCUUACUAAUUAAAAUUUUUUUAGUCUUUUAGAAAUUACUUUUUGAAAAAAAUAUUCUUACACAAAAUUAUAUAUAGUAAGGAAAUAAUUUCCUAGAAAUACCUGUACAAAUAAGAAAAUUUUAACAUAUAAUUCAAACGACAUGUAUGGCAAAGUAUUCUAAGAUAUUAAGCAUAAAUAAAAAUCUUCGUAAUGUUUUUUGAAAUUAUAUUUACUACAAAAAUAAAAAAUUGAUAUAUUGUCAAUCAAUAUUGAAACAAAAUAAAAUGGAUGCUAUUAUUAUAUUUAUAUAACGCACUAUUUUUAUGCAAUAUCAUACAGAUUAUUAAGAAAAAUAUUAAUCUAUCAACAACACAUAUAAUACAUAUGUUGCAUAUAUUACUUGUGAAAAUAUGUAUUACAUAAAUUCAAAUCUUACAUUGUGUGUGAAUGAAGUUGCUGCACAUUGUUCAACAAGUUAUAUAUUGUGAAAGUAAUCAGCAAAAAUGGCAGAAAUAGAAUGUAAGGAAAUAAAACUUACCGUACCUUGGGGUUAUGUUGCUGCCAGAACAUAUGGCCCUUCCACAGGAGAACGUGUCUUACUGGUGCAUGGUCAUCUAGAUAAUGCAGGAUCGUAUAAUAGAUUAAUGAAGUAUUUACCAAUAGGUUUUUUUUACUAUGUAUGUGUAGAUUUACCCGGCCACGGAUGGUCGUCACACUUUCCAUCUUGGGUAAUGCUAGACUGUAUGGAUUAUGCGCAUGCAAUACAUUUCAUCCUAGAAGCGUUACAAUGGAAAACAUGUAUUUACAUAGGGCAUAGCUUGGGUGCACAAAUAGGUUUAAUUUUUAGUGUCUUCCACCCUCAUAGAAUCAAGAAAAUAAUUAGUUUUGAUGGAUUGAUCAGAGGUAAUAAUGAAUUUAAUAAAUUUGUACCAUAUUUGGAGAAUGCAUCUGCACUUUCAAUAAAAGCAAGUAAUAAUAUAGAACCAAUAUUUUAUACUAGAGAAGAAGUACUAUAUGCUUUUAAAACUUUGAGGUUUGCAGCUCUGAAUACAGAAGCAGCUGAUGCAUUGUUUGAGCGUGCAGUUACAGAAGUAAAUGGAAAAUAUAAAUAUAACAGAGAUAUAAGAUUAAAAAAAAAUCCUUUUAUGUUUAUAAGUAUGGACCAAGCACACGAAUUUAAUUGUAGGCUUUCAAUUCCAAUAUAUGUCUUUGUUCCAUCAAAGGGCUUUAUAAGUAAAUAUGAAGAUGUGAUUACAUCAAUAGAGAAAACACUGAAUUCUAAAACCAUACUUAAAGUAAUUAAUAUAGAGGGAAAUCAUGAUUGUCACAAUAAUGAUCCUAAAAAUGUUGCGCCAUUUGUAUGUAAAAUAUUAACUAGUCGCAAUUCUAGUAAAUUAUAAAUUGCAGCAUUAAUGCAUUGAUUAUGCAUUUAAACGCCUGCUAAUUUUUAAUAGGCUGAAACAGGAAAAGAUAAUCGAUAAUGUUUUCUAAAAGUUUUGGUUUAGAAUAUUAAAAAUCUAAACAUGAAAGUAGCCUGAAAUGGAUCAAUGUAUAAUCUAAUAUAUAAUAUAUAUCCAAAGGUGUCAUUACAUUUUUAUAUAUAUUUAAUGUUAAAUUCUUCUAAAGAUUUCUCUCUUGGCUCUUUAUAAAGUAAAGAGUCAUCUUCAUCAUUGUUUGAGGGAACAAAUUUGUUAAACUUAUCUAAUUAUCUGAUAGUGUUUAAGCUUUGUUGACUAUGAAUUGUCAAGAAGAUUUAUAGGACAGUUCAUGAGAUAUAUAUGAUGAAUAUGUAUGACUCUUCCUAACAAAGUGGUCAGCCUUUCUUAUAAGGAUUCUUAUGAGGAAUCAUGUAUUUACAUACUUCUUAAACAUUUCUUUUUCUAUUUCAACUUGACAAAAAUAGUUUUAUUUUGUACAGUACAUCAUACAGCUAUAUUAUUUUAAUAGUUUCUUUUAAUGUAGAUUACAAUAUAUGAAUAUAUAUUGUAAGUUUUAUCACAAUAUACACGUAUAUUAAUAUAUUUUGCAAAAAAAGUGUAAAAAAGAUGGUUUAAAAUGUAUUAAAAACAAAAAUUAUUUUAUAAAAAUCGUAUUUUGUAAGAAAUUGUACAAAAUUAUAAAAUAGUUUAUUCUUUUUUGUAUAUUUUUUACAAAUUUAAUACUGUAAUUUUUACUAAACCUUUCAUCUGGUGGACUUUAAUUUUUAUUUCUUUAUCUUUCAAAAUAAUGUUUCUUAGUUCAUCUUCAAAAACGAUUGCGGUAUGAUUCAUAAAAGAGUCAUUCUUCUUUGUAUCAUGUAUAUGUUGUGAACUGAGCUGAACCUUGUACCAGCAUAUUAAGGCAUUUGGUAAAGUUUUCCUUUUUGUGCUAUUCAUUUGCCCAAAAUUCACGACUGCCUCAGUAGUCUCCGUUCCAUUCAUUUCUAUCAGUGUUUGUGCCUCAGACAUGAUCUCACAUGAAUAUAAACUCGAAUUCAAAUCAAAUAUUUGAUUGAUCUGCAAUAGAAUAAACAUAAUUAAUAAAAAUUAAGUAACUUUGUAAGUAAGUUUUAAUCUAGAAUAAAAUUUUAAAUGAUUU